GUAGGCGGCUGGUUUUGCCAUAAUGGCCGCGGGAGCUGCCGGGAUGGUGUUGGGGAGGCCGCUGGAGCCCUGGGAUUUUGGCAGCACAGCCGAUAUCUUUAAAACAAUACCACAAGAUUUGCUUGCAGAGCUGUGUGGGCAAAUUAUCCAGUAUCUUCAGUGUCAGAUCCCAGGUGUAAAUACUGUGGAAUUAUGUCAGAGAUUUCAAGCAGCUGGGAUUGAAAUUAUUGCUAGUGACCUGGCAAAGGUGGUUAAUGUUGUUUCUUCUGUAUUUAGUACAGCAGCAAAAGAUAACCUCUCCACUGAAGAACUUUCUAUGAGGCUAGGCAGUGCAGUCGGUACUUUGCCAAAACAAGCGUUACAGGUUAUUCGGCAUGUGUGGAAUGAACAGGGGAAAUCCAUCACCGGGUCUGAAGAUGCUAAAAGCAGAGGAAUGGUUGGCCAGCUUAUUGAUUUUCAGUGGAAACUGGGGGUGGCCGUCGGCUCGGACAGCUGUCGAUCGUUGAAAUGCCCUUACGUUACGAUGGCAAUCAAAGUGGCUGAUGCUUCAGGGCACGUCACAAGCAAAUCUUUUGAAAUGACAGUCCCGCAAUUUCAGAAUUUUUACAGUCAGUUCAAGGAAAUGGCGUCUGUUCUCGAGACUGUUUGAACAUCAUUUUAGCAGCUGGUUUGAACCAAGUGGGCCUUCCUAUCUUGCUUAUGAGACAGACUAUUUUUAUUAAGCAAAAUAUCCUCCUGCGUUUAAUAACUUUUGUUUAAUUCACCGCUGCAUGAGUGAACCUGAGAGAGCUCAUGAGAGAGUGUAUUUCCUCAUAUCACGGUGAGGUGAUUUGUUAUUUCAAGCUUUGAGGCAAACCAUAGUUUGCUGAUACUUCACAGUUGGCAAAUUGUAGUUUGCCCUGUAAACCAGGCUUUGGAACAGUGCUCAUAUUCCCAGUUUAAAAUUAUGUUUUUGCUGGCAACUGCAAACCACGGUUUGCUGAUAUGUUUGCACAAAUAAACUAUGUCUUGCUGCACACCUGGACUUGCUAAUUUCACCGUGCUUGGAGGGAGGCGGGAAUAUGCCAUCUGGAGGAUCUGGCAGCAAACUAUGGCUUGUUGUGUCCAUCUACUUGAACCAUUCUUGUUUGAAGGCACUUCUGAAGACUUUCGACCUCUACUGACUUCAUUUUUUUCCUUGUUGACUCCAAAAUGUAUUGCUGAAAUGCAGAACUCCCAUCACACACAAGCACCCAAGAGAAACAGAAAAAAUUAAGGCAUGAUAUAUGAAUCUUAAAAUUUUUGUCAAAACUGUAGCACUCCCAUAUUCAGGGAACUAACUAAACUAGCAGCGUGGAUUGUAUAUGGUUAUGUAUAACUGGUACGUUACUAACAGCAAAAUGGAAUGCCAUGCAAUAUUCUGGAAGCCAAAAUUCCUUUCUUAUAAAGAGCAUUUAAUUAAACUUAAUAAAAAUGUUGCUAUACCUUUA